UUAUCAAUCUAGAUUGUGUUGGAGUUAUCGGUCAUAGAGAUGUCUGCCUCCUCUCCAAUAGAAUGGAACUAGAUGUCACUCAGCUUGUGGUGCUCCAAGUGCCAAAAAAAUUACAUCUCUUUCCAGAAAUCAUGACCUGGUUACUCAAGAUAAUCCACAGACCUUGUUGUGAGCAGUUUCAUGUAGGAACUAUUUUCUUUCUACCGUAUUACCAUGCAAAAGGAAGACUGCAGCUACUCAUGGACGAGAGAUUUGCACUCGUUACAGUGAGAUAGCCAGCAGUAGAUGAUUUGACAUGUAAAUCGAAUCAUUAUGUUGUUUUCAUGCUUCCUUUAGUAACCUGUUUUUUUAUGUCUGUCUACAGCUGUAUGAUUAUUUUGUUUAUUUGCGACUUACAUGUUUGAAAUAAACUGCUACUGACUAACUAACUAAGAUGUAAACUUUAAACUCGGCUGAGCUGUAACAUUAGCUAGCUCAGUGGUGCUAGCUGAGCUAGCAGUAGAUGCACGCCUCCUUCUGCGCAGGGAUACGGUUGGCAGGUGUAGUUCAGUAGGAAGAAAAUAGUUGCUAAAAGAAACUGCUCACAACAAGGUCUGUGGAUUAUCUUGAGUGGCCGAGUCAUGAUUUCUGGAAAGAGACAUUGCUGUUGAGUUUUUCCUUUUCUUGGCACUUUGAGCACCACAAGCUGAGUGACAUCUAGUUCCAUUAUGUUCAAGAGAAGGCAGACAUCUCUACUGCUGAUAUCUCCAACACUCAGCAACUCACACCAAAACAAUCUAGAUCAGGGGUCUGCAACCUUUACUAUCAAAAGAGCCAUAAAGAAAUUUCGUGUGGCGCAACAAAACAUAUUUGAGCCUUAUAAUGACGGUAACACAGCCUAUAUUGGGGCCGAUGCCGAUUCCGAUAUUAUUGAAUAAAAAAAUCUAACCGAUAUAUUGGCCGAUUAAAUUUUUUAUGUUUUUCAAUUUAAAAACCCCCGAAAUACCUGCUUUUGAUGGCUUAAAUAUAGUUUAAACACUCGUUACAAAGAUAUAAAUUGAAGGAAGAACAUUUUACUAUUUUCAAAUACUUUUAUUAUCAGAAAUUGUGUGGAACAAGCAGCAUAUGAACAAUUUGAACACAAUAAUCGAUUGGAACAAUUAUUCUCUAAUGACUAUAAUCGGCCGAUUUUAUAAAGUCUAAAUCAGCCUGUACCUAUCGUCUUAAUUAGCAGUCAUUAAUAUGUUUUACCACAAGGUGGCGACUGUGCAAGGCAUUAUUUAUGAUUAUUUGGUACGUUGACUUUGCAGAGCUGGCAGUGAAAGCAAACAAAUCUGUCCACCCACUCCUAAAUUCUAUUUUUUUAUUCCAAGUGUAUUACAUUUUAGGAUCUGGCAUCCAUAGCUAGCCUAGCUCGGGAGACUCAAGACUAGCCACUGCUAUCAAGGUUCGGCAGAAUUUGGAGGAAGAGGUGCCAGGCAGUAGAUGUAUUACGCACAUUUUAGUUGUUGAAAUGUGAAAACUUUUUUUUUUAUUCGGUAUAUAGGCUUCACUUUUUUACAAUUGAAGAAUGUAAGAAUUUCUUUACGCCUACAACACUGCUGAAUGAAACUUAAAACUCUCAUUUCCAUAUAAUUUUUUUGUUAAAGACACAAUGAGCAACUGGAGAGGGGCUAAAGAGCGACAUGUGGCUCCAGAGCCACAGGUUGCCUAUCCCUGAUCUAGACUGAUAAAUAGCACUUCAGGUAAGAGGAAAGAUAUGCAUUUUUGAACUGGGGGGGGUUAACUUUCCCUUUAAAUAUACAAUCUCCAAAUCACACACAUAAGCCUGUGCAACUCUUUACUUGUGGAAUAAUCCCACUUAAAUGUCCUUGAGAAGUAGUGUCCCCUAAUAAAGAGACUUCAUAAACUCCUCUGUUGGUUAGCAGUGACACUACUCUCUGGGAUGUUUUACAAAACGUCACAAAACUCACACUACACUGUAAUAAAGUAACCGAACAUGCUGCACACUAACAAAUAGGUUCAGGGCCGAGGAAAGGUCAGUGAGGCACACAACAGAGAUAAGAGCAUAAAUAGUAAGAAACAAAUUGUGAUAAUUGCAAUAGUUGUUCAGUCUCACAGAGGACGACCUUUUGGUAAUAAACCCACCAACAGCACAGUAAUGCAGCUCUGUACUGACUGAGUCAUAUCCACAAAAUAUUCCCAUGUGGGCCACUACUGGGCAAACAUGAUCUCACAAUCUAUUUUAGAAGGUCUUGAUAGCUUUUUAGCAACAUGUGUCCAAAUGUUAAGGCCCCUUGAGAACAUGACAACAUAAUGUCAUAACCACUGCAAUGUUUACCUGGAGACUGCUCUCUCUCUGCCUCUGCCUCGCCUUGUGUGUCUCCUGCCUCUCGUGAUAAUUAGCAGCCAGACCUGCAGACAGACGCACUGGAGAGAAGUCAAGGGAAUCGGGGAUCAUUUUAAUCCAACUAGGGAGCGUCUGGAAAGGUGCGCUCACCUGCUGCGCGUGACAAACGCUGCUGCUCGCUCCAUUUGUUCUCCAACUUUGUUUAAACCGUGUCACAGCCAACACCAUCCCUGACACACAGACAAAAAACAAAACUUGUGUGGUGUGAUAUUAUUCCACUCAAAUAUUUUUCUGCAACGCCAACUACUGCAGAUACAGCCUAGAAAAUAAAAACCAGGAGUCACCUAAUGUCCCUUCCCUUUAAGCCACAUUAAUUAAUGACAAACUAAAGCUCACAGUUGCACGCACUGGCUGCGCACGUUUAAGGUUUCCAUCUUGUGAUAUUGUGAUGAAACUGAACAGAUAAUAUUUAAACGCGGCCGUGUCCGAUAAUGGAAGCGUCACCGGCAGCAGUGUCCUAUGAUAAACUCGUCUACGGUAACUUCCCCCGGUCCGUCGUUGUGAUGCUGUGCAACGGCGGGUGCGCGCAAUUACGCAACACCCCCCUCCUGUCCUGUGCGCUAUAACCGGAUCAGCGUCUCUCCUCAGCUCCUCCGGUCCUGCACCCAAACUGACACCGGCCACCUCUCAGCCGACUGCCUCGUGACUUCAGCCAGCUCCGGUCACCAUGGGAAAGGAGAAACUCCACAUCAACAUCGUCGUGAUCGGCCAUGUGGACUCUGGCAAGUCCACCACCACAGGCCACCUCAUCUACAAGUGCGGGGGCAUCGACAAGAGGACCAUCGAGAAGUUUGAGAAAGAAGCAGCUGAGAUGGGGAAGGGGUCGUUCAAGUACGCCUGGGUGCUGGACAAGCUGAAGGCAGAGAGGGAGCGUGGCAUCACCAUCGACAUCUCGCUGUGGAAGUUUGAAACCAGCAAGUACUACGUGACCAUCAUCGAUGCCCCAGGUCAUAGGGACUUCAUCAAGAACAUGAUCACAGGGACCUCCCAGGCAGACUGUGCUGUGCUGAUUGUGGCGGCCGGUGUGGGAGAGUUCGAGGCAGGCAUUUCCAAGAACGGACAGACCCGUGAGCACGCCCUCCUGGCCUACACUCUGGGAGUAAAACAGCUCAUUGUGGGCAUCAACAAGAUGGACUCCACUGAGCCCAACUACAGCCAGAAGCGUUACGAGGAAAUUGUGAAGGAAGUGAGCACCUACAUCAAGAAGAUCGGCUACAAUCCCGACACCGUUGCCUUUGUGCCCAUUUCAGGCUGGAAUGGAGACAACAUGCUUGAGCCCAGCCCCAACAUGACAUGGUUUAAGGGGUGGAAGAUCAACAGGAAAGACGGCAAUGCAUCAGGGACCACACUACUAGAGGCUCUGGAUGCCAUCCAGCCCCCCACCCGUCCAACAGACAAACCUCUACGUCUUCCCCUGCAGGAUGUCUACAAGAUAGGAGGUAUUGGAACAGUGCCUGUAGGCCGCGUGGAGACAGGCAUACUGAAGCCUGGCAUGGUGGUGACCUUUGCCCCCGUCAAUGUGACGACUGAGGUGAAGUCUGUGGAGAUGCACCAUGAGGCGCUGACUGAGGCCCUCCCUGGCGACAACGUGGGCUUCAAUGUCAAGAAUGUGUCUGUCAAGGACAUUCGUCGUGGCAACGUUGCAGGAGAUAGCAAGAACGAUCCACCGCAGGAAGCUGCCAACUUCACUGCUCAGGUGAUCAUCCUGAAUCACCCAGGCCAGAUCAGUGCUGGUUAUGCCCCUGUCCUUGACUGUCACACCGCUCACAUCGCCUGCAAGUUUGCGGAGCUCAAGGAGAAGAUCGAUCGCCGCUCUGGCAAGAAGCUGGAGGACAACCCCAAAUCCCUCAAGUCUGGAGACGCUGCCAUUGUGGAUAUGAUUCCUGGCAAGCCAAUGUGCGUGGAGAGCUUCUCUGAGUACCCUCCACUUGGUCGUUUUGCGGUGCGCGACAUGCGUCAGACUGUGGCUGUUGGCGUGAUUAAGGGCGUGGAGAAGAAGGUCUCCACCACCGGUAAAGUUACCAAGUCCGCCCAGAAGGCCCAGAGGAACAAAUGAAUGUUGUGCUACUCUGCCGACCCCAAGGUCUCCCAGGGCAGGACAUCGGUCAUCCAACUCCAUCCUACAAUUGGCUGCUUCAACGUAAUAAUCAAAGACUGGUUAAUCAUCACAAUGCAUCGCAAAAGCAUUCGAAGGAAAGAAAAACAUUUAGAUUUUAAAUCCUUGAGGCGGCACUCCUGACUCCAUUUCAGUGGUUAGAUUACCAUUACGUACAGUGUAAUAUCAAACAGAUAGUUUUAAAUGUGCACUGUUGAUUUGGUUCAUGGCAAUACUUUUCUGUGAUAUUGAUAUUAAGACAUUGAACAAUUAGAGGUACUAAAAUGUAUCACCGCUCUAGCUCUCUGGAGUGCAGACACUGGUCUCUUUACAUGGUACAUGUUGUCUUGCUUUUAGUGUUUGUUUGCAACUACAUGGUGCUCUGUAGGAGCCUGUGGCAAGAUGUUAAAACUAUGUUCUUCCGAGUAGUAGAUUAGUUAAACUUAGUGAUUUGUUGUGUUUGAGCUUUAAAAAGCACUUGAAACAAAAGGUCCAAAUUUGUCCUUCCUGAGGGGACUCUGAGUAGACCACCUGAUGAUUCUUGAAGCACUUUGAUUGGCGUUUUGCUAACUUUGCACUUGCACUGGAAAAGCUUAAAUUGGCAUAAGCUACUGCACCUUACUGUAAGAUGGCAUGAGCCUCUUUGCAACAUUAAACCUGUUUCAACCAAAAUGUUGAGCUGUGGUCUUUUGUAAUUUCUUUCUGAGUAUACCACAAAGAAGUGAUCACAGAUGCCUUGAACUUUCCCAUUCCAUAAGACAGUUCUGACAAAAGUCAUAGCAUUUGUAGAAUACACACUUGUGUCCACAAGAUGGAGCCACUGAUAAAGGAUUCUGACUUCCAAACAAACUGAGGCGUGUUAAGGGGCGU